AUGACUGAUCGUCUGCUUACUGCUGUUGGAGUGCCCCGCAUUGUUGACAGACCGCUGGACGGAUGGCACAUGAACCCCGAGAAGCCAGAAAUCGGAAUGAUUCUCACAUACCCGCCGACUUACACGCAACCGCCGAUUGACCACGUCCCCGAACACGUACUUGCUUUCAAGCCGUCGCUCUUCGACAGUGGAGGAGAAGUAAAGCUUGUGCCCCACGGAACUCAACGGAAGUGGCAACAUCUCGGAGUCACUGCCCACAGACUCGAUCCCGAAGAUGCAACCAGACUUCAGCUUCGAACACUUUAG